AGUGUGUGGGCAACCGAGGCGUCGAGUCGGCGUCUAAAUAAGGUGUGGUGAAGAUGUGAAGUGCCAAAUAAACUUCUCGGCGAAUAGCAGGACUUCUGGGAGGAGCCUGGCUGCCAGGAGGCUGAGGUACCCUCUCAGCAUCUCUCUUGAGCCAGCGAGGGAGUUGUGUUCUUACCAUGAAGGGGGGAUAGAAAGAUGCUUAAAAUAAUAAAGCAUCGAAGUAGUCACCUUUUAAGAAAUGGAUUCAAGUAAACAUGGACCAGCAUAAACUAACUGCUUGAACCACAGGACAAGAGGGCGUCUUCUGACAGAGUGUGUCUCAUGAACCGACCUGACUGACUGUCCCUCUGCACCGCCGACAUGCCAGUUCUGGACAGAGAGCCCUCUAAAGAUUUGGGGGCAGGAGAUGGUCUCCCCAAGCUGCCGCUGCCCAAUCUGAAGGACACACUGGACAUGUACCUGAGGUGCAUGAAGCACCUGCUCACAGAGGAGCAAUUCAACAAGACUCUAAAUAUAGUGAAGCACUUUGGAGCCCCUGGAGGAGUGGGGGAGCAACUACAGGGCAAACUCAUGGAGAGGAGAGAAAGCAAGGCAAACUGGGUGUAUGACUACUGGCUCAAUGACAUGUACCUGAACAACAGAAUGGCUCUUCCCGUCAACUCCAGUCCUGCGAUGGUCUUCCCGCAGCAGAACUUCAGGGCUCCCAUUGACUCUUUAAGGUUUGCUGCACACUUGAUUUCAGGAGUUUUAGAAUACAAGACACUUCUUGAUGCCCGUGCUCUUCCUGUGGACUACGCCCGCGGCCAGCUGGCAGGGACCCCUCUGUGCAUGGAGCAGUACUAUCGGCUCUUCACGUCUUACCGCCUACCAGGGUCUGAGAGGGAUACACUAGUGGCCCAGGAGAGUAGCGUGAUGCCAGAACCUGAACACAUCAUUGUGGCUUGUAAAAACCAGUUCUUUGUGUUGGAUGUGGUGAUCAACUUCCGCCGACUGAAUGAAAGAGACCUGCUGACUCAGCUGGAUAAGAUCGCCAAGAUGGCUGCCAGCGAAGAAGAGCGUCUCCCUCCUAUAGGUCUUCUCACUUCCGAUGGACGGACAGAUUGGGCCGAGUCUCGUAGCGUACUAAUGAGAGAGUCUACCAACAGGGACUCUCUGGACAUGAUUGAGCGAUGCCUGUGUCUGGUCUGUCUGGAUGAUGCCAGCGGUCCCGAGCUCAGUGACACCACACGUGCGAUGAUGAUGCUGCAUGGAGGUGGGCUGGCCAAGAACGGCGGCAACCGCUGGUACGACAAGCCAAUGCAGUUUGUUGUAGGAGCUGAUGGCUGCUGUGGAGUCGUGUGUGAACACUCAGCUUUCGAAGGAAUUGUCCUUGUGCAGUGCACAGAGUAUCUACUGAAAUACAUGAUUGGCAGCCCAUCAAAGCUGGUCAGAGCUGCGAGUGUGAGCGAGCUGCCAGCACCACGUAGACUCCGCUGGAAAUGUACUCCAGAGAUUCACAAACUCAUUACUGCUUCUGCUGACAAACUCCAGAGACUGGUGAGGAACUUGGACAUGAACGUCCAUAAGUUCUACGAUUACGGGAAAGAGUUCAUCAAGAAGCAGAAAAUGAGUCCAGACGCCUACAUCCAGGUUGCUCUUCAGUUAGCCUUCUAUCGGUGUCAUGGCCGACCAGUGUCGACCUACGAGAGUGCAUCUAUACGUCGUUUUAGGGAAGGCAGGGUGGACAACAUUCGAUCAGCAACACCUGAAGCCCUGGCCUUCGUCAAAGCGAUGACUGAUGAGAAACUCAAGAGCACAAGCGAUGCAGAAAGGAUGGAGAUGUUACGAGGUGCCAUAACUGCGCAGACAAAGUACACUAUUCUAGCUAUAACGGGGAUGGCAAUAGACAAUCAUCUGCUGGGCCUACGUGAAAUUGCACAUGAAAUGAAAAUGGAGAAGCCGGAAAUAUUCAAAGAUGAAGCCUAUCUCAUCAGUAAUCAGUUCAUCCUCUCUACAAGUCAGGUCCCGACUACUGUUGAGAUGUUCUGCUGCUACGGCCCCGUGGUUCCAAACGGAUACGGCGCUUGCUACAACCCUCAGUCAGACCACAUCAUCUUUAGUGUGUCCAGUUUCCGCGAGAGUCAACAGACAUGCUCAGCAGAAUUUGUUAAGUGCGUGGUGCAGGGACUCCUGGACAUGAGGGAUUUGUGCAAUAAAUGCAACGCCGGCUCCAAUCCGAGCGAGCAAAGAAAGGGUCAGACGCUGGACACACACACACAAACGGAAACAACAAACUGCCAACACAAAACACCUCAGAGACCAUCUGACAAGGCCAACAGUCAGCAAACGCCCCCGCAGGUCCUGGUGAAGACACCAGGCCAGAAUACUGUGGAGGCCCAAACCCAGACUUCAUUGCAGGGAGAGGUGCAGGUUUUGAAGGAGGGUAGAAAAUCAUAAGAAAAUAUCAGCUCCUGUUAUAAUGAUUUUGGUGCAGUUUUAAAUUUGUGUACCAGUCUGUUGUAAUAAUGUAUUCCUCCUGAUUCAUUCGCACACUUUAGACUGUAACCGUGAUAAAAAAAAAAAAUGUUAUGUAAAGGUGCCCUGCUGUAUAAUGUCAAAUGUAUUGUGUACUGAUGAUAAUCUCAUUGACUUAUUCUAAGAGAAUAGUAUUAGUAUCGGUUAUCUGAGCAGAACUGAAAUGUUGACGGUAUAAGACUCAGAGGCAGAUUUAUGUUUCCGAUUGUCAUUUUACACAAGUCUAAGAAUCAGCCAAAGAAAAGAUUAUAUGUCUUGCUGCAAAAUCACUGCCAGAUUUUAAGGAAAAUCUGAAGGUUCAUUCUCCCAUUUCCAUGAGUGUCAUUUUCAUCUGUGCCGCCUGUCAGCCAGUUUGACAGAGCAAAAUUAGUCCGUGAGUUGCGACAAAUGGCUUCUUGUCUCACUAUGUAUGCAUGCUGCUAAAGAUUACCUGAAGAUUGUGCAAUCUCCUAUACAACUUCUGUUUGUAUCUUCCUUUCCUAUCUGUUGUGCCAGAAACACAUGUGGUAUUACUAAAAUAUCUGCUCCAAAAAGUACCCUUCGUUUUCCACAUACUGGGACUCACACUGUGCUUGUGUAUAUAAUAAACUAAAUGUAAUUGUGGAAUAUUUUAAAAAAGGGUACUUUUGAGUUAAUGAAUGUCAAAACUGUGUAUUUGUAAAUUUAUGAGCAUAAUAUAUCAAUUAAGUUAUUUAUUUUUGUAUGAUAUAGCCUAACGUUACAGGGUGUAAUUAUAAGUUUGAAAAGUAAAUAUAUAUUAAACCAACCAGAGGUGAUCACUGUCUU